AAGAACAUCUUUGGUACAGAGUGUUUUGUAAAUACAGCUAUGUUGGCAAAAUAUUGCUUGUAAGGAACGCGUGGCGCUUGUGUACAGCACCAGCUGGCAAGACUAUUUAUCCAGAAUGAACGAAACACUAAUGUUAAUCUUACUUGCGCUGCUGAUGUUAGUUGGUAGUUACAUCGCGGGGUCAAUACCAUUGAUAAUGCCGAUGUCUGAAGAAAAACUACAGAUUGUUUCCGUACUCGGCGCAGGUUUGCUUGUUGGAACUGCGUUAGCUGUCAUCAUUCCGGAAGGAGUAAGAUCUCUCGACUCUGCGGCCAUCAUUCACACCGCUCAAACCAGCAAAGAUAGUUCAGGUAUACACGUCGAACAUGCAGUAAAUCCUACCGAUAUUCACUCACUAAUUGCGGUUUCACUUGUUCUGGGAUUCGUGUUCAUGCUGUUAGUGGAUCAGUGCUCUUCAUCCAGGAGUAGAGACCUUGAGAGUGGACUAAAAUCUGCAGAGAAAAACAUCACAGCAACGCUAGGACUCGUGGUGCAUGCAGCAGCUGAUGGUAUUGCACUUGGUGCUGCUGCAACAACUGCACAUGCUGAUGUUGAAAUGAUAGUAUUUUUGGCAAUAAUGUUACACAAGGCACCAGCAGCAUUUGGUCUCGUUACUUUCCUCAUGCAUGAAGGCUUGGAAAGGAAUAGAAUUCGGAAGCAUCUCAUUGUUUUCUCUUUGUCAGCACCAGUCCUAGCAAUGGUUACUUAUUUUGGAAUUGGCCAGGAAGGGAAAGAAACACUGUCAUCUGUAAAUGCGACGGGUUUGGCAAUGUUGUUCAGUGCAGGCACUUUCCUCUAUGUGGCAACAGUUCAUGUCCUGCCUGAACUGAUGGUGAGGAGUAGAGCGGCUGAGGGAGGUGUAGUAGAACAACAUAAAGGUCUCAGGACAAUGGAACUGUUGGCACUGGUGGUCGGAGCUCUCCUGCCACUCUUUCUCACUCUCAGUCAUCAUCAUUAAUUACUCUGGAUAAAUUUCUACAAGUCAUUUCAGAUGGCCUGCCAGCAGCAAGAGAAGAACAGAGUGUGUGAUUUGUCACUCGAUGUUGUUAGGCACUGCCUUGGUAGCUGGUGCCGAAGUGAACGUUUUCAUUGUCACGUUAAAAUAAAUUACACCACGUAAUGACGGUUGCUGUUGUGCCUGUGGUGGGGCACAACAUGAACUUUUUAUGUACCUGCAUAAGUGUGAAUUUGGACUGUAUGCCAUACAGUUGAAAAGUGGGUAUAGGGCCUAAGCAAGAAGAUGAUGAAUUGAAAUGAAUGUUUGCAAAAUAAGUAAUUUUAUUUCUGAUUAUUCCCUUUUCUUGUGUACAGCAAAGCACAGUUAAUAAGCAAAAAAGUCUUUUUAAAUAUGUGCCUCAAACUAAAGAGAUAACCCUGUUGUAGACUAAAAGCUGCAUGUUAUUGAGCCACCAGAUGAAGUUUUCUGUUUGUAAUGAUCUUCGUUACUCAAAAUGUUAUUUAAAGAUUGAGACAAAACUGGUGUUUAAGUUCAUGGGUAUUUUGUUAGUUUGAUUCAUAGUUGGGAUUUCAUUAGAAAAUUUCAGGUUCUGGGAAAAUGUAAUUAAACCUAGUGCAAACAGUGAUUCCAGCUGAUUAGUCUGAA